GGUUGUGCCGCUUUGUGCCACAAAUACAUCGCGAUGUCGGCAAACUCUCUGAAAUUUUCAACAACUAUAACGUGAAAAAAAUAUUUUAAAAUUUAAAAAAGAUAUUUUUAAUAUUGAAAUGAAAAAGUGGAGUGAAUACAGUGAUCGAAUCGGCGGUAAUCAGUAGUGUCAAGCAUGGUCGCGGGACCAAUUAAAACCGAUAAACGUGCAUGGAACCAGUUAAUGGGUGUCUUUAUUUUGCAUCUCUUGUUCAGUUUUCCAAACGUCACAAAAGCCCAAAGUCGUGCACCUCGCAUUAAGGAGCAUCCUGCUGACACUAUAGUCGGGAGAAGUGAACCGGCUACCCUGCGGUGCGUGUCUGAAGGCAAGCCAAAGCCAACGAUCCAGUGGUACAAAGAUGGGGCGCCCCUUGCUCGUACAGAUCACCCUCAUAGGGUGUUGCUUGAAGAUGGAUUGUUAUUCCUUAGGGUUAUGCGUGGUAAAAAGGAAAGCGAUGAAGGUGUAUACUGGUGUGUAGCAAGAAAUUCUGCGGGUGAGGCAGUUAGCAAGAAUGCUACACUAACGAUUGCAGUUCUUCGAGACGAAUUUAGAGUUGAACCUCGAGACGUUAAAGUAGCUAGCGGUGAACCAGCAUUACUUGAAUGUUCAUCGCCUAAAGGUGGCCCUGAACCAUCAAUACAUUGGACCAAAGAUGGCCAAAGUCUGGAUACUGAAGUUAAUGGAAGGAUUUCCGUAGUAGAUGGAGGUAACCUAAAAAUACUCGAAAGUCUUCCGGCAGAUAGCGGUGUGUAUCGAUGUGUAGCAUCAAAUGUGGCAGGAGAAAGGCAAUCACGUCCUGCAACGUUACUCGUAUUACGCAGACCACAUUUUCUAGUGAAACCUAAUAAUAUAACGGCGCUAAUAGGCCAGAACAUCGAGUUUCAUUGCCAAGCAUCUCCAGAGUCAGACGUUUCUGUGUCUUGGUCACGCGAUAAUGGAUCACUAUCACCUUAUGCAAUUAUACGUCGUGGCUCACUAAGGAUCGACAGAGUAGUAGCCUCCGAUGCUGGAACCUAUACGUGUCGUGCUGAAAGCCAAGCUGGAUCUAGCGCUUCGGCGGCUACUUUAACAGUGCAUUCUUUACCUUAUUUUACUAAAGUUCCAUCUGACCAAACAGCGUGGGAAGGAGAAGCUGUAUCAUUCCCUUGUGAAGCUGAAGGUUCACCUAAACCUGUAGUAUUUUGGACCAUGGAAGGUUCUCAAGAACUUGUGUUUCCAAAAUCUGCUCAUGGUACAGGGUCAUUGUAUUUAGAUCGAGUUCUUACUCAACAUGCUGGGAGAUUGACAUGUGUUGCCGUAAGCGCUGCAGGCAGCGCUUCACAUACGGCUACUUUGCAGGUACUAAGAAGAGAAGCAAACUCUUUUAAAGGAGAUCCGGAGUCAUCCACACCUCAUGCUGAAUUAAGUAAACCCCAGAAUCACCCACCAAUGACCCAAUAUGAGCUUGUCCAAGCUCGUCGUUAUUUACAACAAGAUGUUUUAGCUCUAAGAAGAGUAGAAGGAAUAUCGUCUACAACACUGAAAAUUGUUUGGGAUGUCAUGACUGAUUAUAAUGAAUAUCUAGAAGGUGUUAAAAUAUGGUUUAAUGGAACAUCGUUAAAUAGGCAAUAUUUAACUGAAAAUGCUCAAAAUUUAAAUGAUUCUGAUGACACACUAAGUGAAUUUACAAAAUAUGAAAACUUUUCCAUGACCACAGUCCAUAAUAGUGGCUCUUCUAGUCAUAUUCUCACAGGGUUAAUACCUUACGCGCAGUACGAUGUCUUUUUAAUGCCAUUUUACAAAUUACUAUUAGGCAAACCAUCAAACAUGAAGACUGGAUUCACCGACGAGGAUAUCCCAACGGCGCCGCCACAGAGCCUUUCAGCCGGGGUGAUAAAUGCGACGUCGGCGUGGAUUCGCUGGGAUCCGCCUCCCGUACAUACUUGGAACGGUGAACUUUCUGGUUACUUGAUUGAAGUGAGGGUAGGUGGUAGUCCUGGAGGAAGGGUGGUCGGUCAAAUGUCAUUGGGUCCUCGCACUCGAGCAGCUGCUGCUAGUUCGUUGAGAGCUGGUGGACGAUACGUAGCCAGAGCUGCUGCGGUCACUCGUCGAGGUCAUGGGCCGUUUAGUCUUCCAGCUCAAAUACAUAUGGUUCCUACUCAGACACAGAGGCACUACGUUCAGACUGAACCAGCCAGAGACAAAGCUAUAUUGUCUAUGUUCCAAGAAACGUGGCUUCUAGCACUGUGUAUAGUAUUAUUAGCUUUAAUUUUAAUUGGAACUGGCGUCAUAGUUUAUAUCCGACGAAGAAACACAAAGCAGAGAAAAAGUCAAAACGCAGCUGAUAAUUUUAUUUCGGGUACAGCGAUUGCCAAUGCUCAACAGUGUUUGUUGGGAAAAGAAGCAGUGUGGCUUAGGGAACGACCAAUGUUUGAAGGUUCUAAUGAACCUCGCAUUGAAAUAUUAAACUGCCAUCAAAGUCUAUUACAUGGUGGACAUUCCAUUGGAACUAUGGCUAUGGAAGCGGAAUAUACUUUACCACAACACAUUCAUAAUUUAAAUUCUAUGCCUCAAGAAGAGCACAGAAGAGUUGCGCCAGAACCAUACGCGACAAGUGCGAUAUAUACUGAACUAAAUUAUAGGGAUCAUACAGACGCCGAAGAUUCAUGUAUGAAAUGUGCCAUAAGUCCUGGUUCCUAUGAUAAUAGCAUGGUAAGAUCGUAUGGAGAAAGUAAUCAAUACUCCAAUGAAGAAUGUUCUACGUGUUGUAGAAGUAGUAGCUCUACUUUAACUAAAGACUAUAGUGAAAUGACAAAGUGUGGCAAUGAAGGUGACGAAGUUCAAGACAUGUCAAUUGAAGACUGUCCAUCUUGCAAGACUAAUAACUCAAGAUCAUCAAGCCAUCAUGAUGGCAAUAAAGAAUGGGCUAUGGCUGAAAUAGAUUAUGAUUAUCCACAAUGGCACUGGUUAGGGAAAGAAAACAGUUUCAGGCAAGGGACUCAAGAUACGAAACAUUCGAACACCGGGAGGAGUGAUGAAAAUUGUAGAAUGAAUCUAUGUGACAUUUUGCCACCACCACCUUAUGAAAGAGAAACGGACUACAGAGAAAUGCAUACAUACGGAAAUCAUUCUGGUGCAUCUGCAUGUUCAGGUCAUUCAUAUAGGAGUUAAUUCUUGUCAUCGACGACAAUAUUGUUUACAAAUAUCAUUAGUAUGUAAUCCAAGCAAUAAUAAUUUAGUGAAUUGUAAAUAUGUAUGAGAGAUCUGUGUAUUAUAUUGAAUGGUGUGGUUAAAUUGGAUAACCGUUACACCACUAACUUGAUUGAUUGGUUUGAUGCAGUCACAUUAAUGACUGACCACAUUCGAUAUGUUUCAUUAUAUCUUUAACAAGUCGUUUGACCAAUAAAAUUAUCCAUGGUUAAUUUAGCUGUAAAAAGUGAUGGAGGUAAUUUAUGCUUUUAGAGAUAUCAUGCAUCAUUAUGUCAAGUGUUUUAUGGAGGCUAUUUAUGUAAUUCCGAUAUGGUGUAACGGAAGGCAUUGUAGCUAACGUGGAUGUGUUUACAAAUAGACUGCUGUAAUUAAGGCCAUAGAUUUCAUCUUUUUCUAGUGACUGUGAUAUACUUAGUAUAAUUUCAUUAUCAAUUUUUUUGUAAAUAUUUUAAAUGUUUGAUAUCCUUAUACAAUUUUAACAUUGAUUUGUAUCUAUGUAUUUAUUGUGUGUAGCCGAUUAGUCUGAACGGAACCAAAACGAAUUUGAAAUCCAUUAAUCACAGUUGUAAGAAAUUUUGUAUUGA